AUGGUGCUUGCCUACGCCUUCGUCCAAGUUGGUCAAUGCUUCAUGUCUGUCGGUCCUGCUGGUAUGCGAUUCUUCCCCAUGUCUACGUCGGAUGCUAGACUGUUUGGCUCAUCCAUGACAACGCCGACGCUGCGAGGAAGGUCAGGUGCCCUCAGUUGCAGGAGCUCGAUGCUUGAGCAAGUGAGGGAACGGAAAAUGAAGGAGGUGGAGGAGCUCAAGGCAAACAUGCCGGAGGAUGCCGCGAAGAUCUUAGAGAAGGGCGCCACGAACAAGAACAGAUAUCUCAAGGCAGUCAAAAAACCCAAGGGUACCAUCAGCGUUGUCCCUCAGAUCAAGACAAAGGCUCCGACCCUUGGAAGCUUUGCCUCCCUGCCUGCUGUGGAUGUCUUGAGCGCUCAUUGCUAUGAAGCUGGAGCAGCUGCCAUUGCCGUGUGCACAGACAAGGAAUUCUAUGGUACAGACUGGGAAUCUCUCAAGAAAGCAGCUGGGCAGCAAGCUCGCUACAAGGGGAAAUUCCCUGGACCGCUGCCGGUGAUGGCCUAUGAUUUCUUCAUCGACGAGGCUCAGCUAGCUCUCGCUGCUUCUUAUGGUUGCGAUGCUGUCUGCCUGAACGCGGCGUUGUUGGGAACCAGCACCAAGGACAUGGUGGCUUCUGCUGACAGAAUGGGAAUGGACGCGCUCGUUGAAGUGCACAACAAGGCGGAGCUUGAUAUUGCAAUCGAAGCUGGAGCAAAGAUGGUUGGCAUUUCCAACAGAGACAUGGACACGUUCCAAUUGAAGCAUCCUGUGGACUACCAACUCCGUACCUGGAGCGUGCCUGUUGAAGAGACUGUGUUCGGUCUUGUCAAGGAGGUUCCCGAGGGAGUGCACGUAACAGCUAUGGGAGGUUGCAAUGAAACCUUGGUCGCUUGGACUCUGCGUGAUGAGGGAUAUUCCUCGAUCAUGGUUGGAGAAGCCAUCAUCCGGGGCUCGGAGAUGCGUAUGGCCAGCAGUGCCUACUCUGCUGCCUACAACGAGGCUAAGGGGCUCAUCAUGGCUUUCAAGGCCAAGGGCAGCAAGAAGUACGGACCCUCAGCAACCGGUUCCUUCUUCGGAAAAGGGGAAGGAGCCAAGGAAUCGCUGGGAAUGAUGUCCAUAUAG